ACUCAAUUCCGAGACGCGAAACCAAACGGUUGUUUCUCCUCCCCACAUAAGUUGUGUGUGCUCUCACUCUGUGUUGUUGAUUUGCCAAGCUAAAAGGCAUCCACUUGUGCCAAAACACCUCGAUACAGUUGGUGUUUUCAUUCCAUGGGUAUUUCUUAACAAGGUGCACCCAAUUUUUCUUGUUCUCCGUGCUCAAAGAGUGGUUGGUGUGCGAUACUUGCGGCAAAAAUGCACCGUGCAGUGGCAAAUGUAUUCUUUUGAUUAUAUUCCCACACAUUUGUGGGCAGUGCAAGAAGAAUUGAAUUUGUGACGAUAUAGAAAAAAAUAAGAUCUUUGCAAAAUUCUUUACCUCAUUUCCGGCAACAUCCUGCUCACUUUGCUGGUAACCACAUGCAAAAUAAUAUAUAGCGCAGAUGUGCAUUUAGUGUGUCAAUGUGAGUUACAAAGCCGGAAGAGUGUGCCUUUUUUUUAGCCCAAAGAAUUUGUGAGGUUCGUCGCUUCGUGAGGAUCCUGUUGGUGCAUCAUUGAAGUCUUUCGUAGAGCACGCACAAUUGAGGGCUGUAAAUUGAAAGAAAAAUCAUCCGUGCGAAAUUAGCAGCGAGAGAGGAAGAGAUAGGGGGUCAUCAGGCAGCAGCACAAAGAUGCCUCAUUUGACAACACUGUGGAAGGCAAUCGUCUUGUCUUUUAUCAUAAACUACUUUAUCGUGAGUGCAGAUGUGGAUCCCACAGCAGCUGUGGGGGUGUCAGGAGAGCUGGCAUCGUAUGAGGAUGAUGAUUUAAUUCCCAGCUACAUUCUCCCAAAGCACAUUUUCAACGAAGGAAAACCAUUUUAUGUGGAGAAGGAUCCCAUCUCGGGAAAAUUGGAUUUCAACUCAAAAAAAUCAGCUGGAUUGGAGAAUUUCAUCAGCAACGCACCCGUGGAUGUGGUUAACAAGGAAAAAGCCACCGACAUCCGACCACCCGGUCCAAAUGAAAUCUCCCCCAACUUCCAUGAUUUCCUCAAUCUCCCCGUCAAGUAUUCCAGCGCAAAGUCCGUCUAUCCCCUUGUGUCGUCAUCCUAUGCCAAUCUCAAGUAUCAGGGUAAUAAUAAGAAUUACGUGAGUAAUCAUAAAAAUUACACAACCAGCACAACAUCCAGCCCAAAGUACUACACUAGCUCUCAGAAGCAGGCAACAACGACAAAAUUGUACAGCAGCACGAAGCCAUUCACAUCGACAAUUAGAUCAACGGAAAGGCCACCAAGUACAACCCUCCUCACGACAACAACGGUGCCAGCCACCACGACAACUUCAUCAACAACAACGACGGCCAGUACAACCACAACAGCGUCAACAACAACAACAACUCCUAGGAGGGAAACAACGACAACAACUACAUCAACGACAGUCUUUCGGAGAAGACCAUCCUUGAGUACGCAACAGUCGACAACCCCUUCAACCCCUCCUACAUCCAGGCGCCCAAUUCCAACAUCAACAACAGCAACAUACCCCCCAAGGCAGCAAACUCGACCCUCGAGGGGUCCAACAAAGUAUGAAUACACCCCAAAGCCAUCUUAUGAGGAAAUGCAGAAGCAACAAUCGACGGAAUACAGAAAAUCAACCACUGAGCAGCAUAGAACAACCAGCCCAGCUCCCCCUCCGUCAACAACUCAAGCCAAAGCAUCAGCAUCCGCUUCUAUAUCCACCCCCACUUCAAUCCCUGUACGUUUCCCAACAAAUCACGAAGAGACACACGACACAAAGCCCAUGACUCUGGCGGAUCUCUUCAAUUCCUUCAAUGAUGCCGAAGAGGAAGAAAUAGCAACAGAUUCAAAUGCAAUUCAGCUCGAGAGUAGCAGUGAACGGAUUAAGGAACAUUUUGGGGGUCAAGUAAAGAAUUCCGGUGGUCCACAAUUCCAUCGCGAUGACUACGUGAAGUACGAAGUACAACGACCAAAUCUCAAUGUGAUGCCGUACCAACCUGUAUCCAGUAUGAAUAACAUUGUCAUCUCUCCGGAUCAGAAUUCCGCCUCAUUUGUUCUCGGGAGUCAACAGUCAGUUGGAGAAUCUGGAGGUAGUGGCGGAAUAUUUGUUGGUAGCGCGGAACAGGCUCCAAUUUUCGAUAAUCACGGCAGUUCAUCGCGACCACAUGGCUUCACAACAAUGCCCAGCAUCCAGAUUAAGCCGCACGAGUACAAAACCACGAGUGUUCGCUUCCCAAGUGCAACAGAUCAGCAAAUGGAGGCUUUUGAGAAUGCUCCCGUAAUCACGGGAACGUACAACAAUGAGAUAACCAUUCCCAAUGGACACUCCGCCCCUGUGGCUCUUCCACAUCAUCAAAUUGUUGUCUUCCCGCCCAAUGAGAAACUCCCCGUAGCCACAGUUAAUGCUGAAUUAGGGUCAAACUUCGACUCAAAGCAAGUUGGCACGAGGAUUGUCUUUGGGAGUGAUGAACCCAUUCAGAAACCAAGUGAGCAAUCCUUCCAGCAGCAACUACCACCACUUCCGGACAGCUUGACGCCACCCCAUGAAUCACCUUCAACGUAUCAACGACCAAAUGCAAUCCCAAAUCAUCCUCAUCAUCCGGGAGGCUUCAAUCGCCCCCAUCCCCCACCGCAUUUCAUCUACACCCACGAUGGGCAUAGGAAAGCCAUCCCUCCGGUUCACAGACCAAUGGUUGAUCGUCCAUUACCCAAUAUUCUCCCGCAAUUCCGGCCAAAUGCAAAAGUUUCCCAUGGGCAUCCCUACAACAAGGAAGUCGGCGUCCAGAGGGUCUCCCCCAUCAAUGGACCCCCACACAGACGACCACAGGAUAUUGGGAUUCAUCAUCCACUCCCACCACCACCACCUUCCUUCCCAAUCCGCCGUACUCCGCUGCCCAAUCAUUUUGCAUCGAAAAUUGCCACAGGAGUGAGGCCCAUUGAUUUCAACCACAGCGAACCCAAUAGACGGAUCUAUCGCCUACCCCCACCACGAAUGCCUCAGGGAUCAAUCCCUGGACCCGAUCGUCUCUAUGCUCAAUCCCUACCACCGAGGAAGUUCAUCGAUGGCUUCCCUGUUGCCCAGCACCCACCAAAUGCCGAUGCUGGAGCACCUCCACGUGGUCCUGCACCCCCAUUUGACAAUGAGAACUUCUUCAAAAUCCCCCCGAGAACAAAGCUAGUAGAACGAACUGAUCAGGAACGCCCCAAACUCGAACCUGUGGUCACGUUGCAGAUGAUGCAGACCAAGAAACUCCUUCAAGGAUCUGGAAGCAGCCAAGCACAGAACGUGACUGCAGCUAUCAAUGUGGGCAACGUGGGUCAAUCGCAGCAGGGUGUAAAGCUGGGUGGAAGUGAAAAGAGCCCCGUCUACGUGGUGUAUCCCAUUAAAUCAGCACAAGAAACGGAGGAUCCCAUUGUGAUUGGUCAGCGGGGAGAUCAGCUGCCACUGCCACCAUCUGAAAUUGGUUCAAUCUCCCACAGUGGUGGUGAAUACCAAAAUACCCCCUUUACCAUCAUCCAUCACGAGCAGGAGCCCAUCUUGGGGGCUAAACACAAGAAUCCCAUUCAUGGUGUCCCAAUGCCACCACGAGCUAACUUCCCCUACUUCAUGGAGGCCCCCGAUGCGAAGACAACCGCUGAUAUGGGAAAGAAACCUCCGCUAACACUGCACAAGGUCACAGAGGAGCAUCCCGGGAGUGUUUACAACAUCGGAGAGGAACCUGUUGGCCCAUCGGCUGAGCAAAAAAUCUCCAGCACACUGACAAGGGUAACAGAUCGCCCCAUUGCCAUUGCCUACACCCCCACGGAGCCCAAUUACUACAAUCGUCGCCCCGGGGAGCACUUCUCCAUGCCAAAUUACGGGAAUGCCGUCAUUUCUGAGAUUAGGGACACCCAAACAGAGGCUUCCUUCAUGCGUGAUGAGAGUGAGUACCCCGUGAGGGAUGAACACUACGAACAGGACUUCCAGGCUCCAUUCUUCCCAAGUAUAAAUCUUGGAACUGUUACAGAUCCCUACAGAGGUCCUCCUUUGGAAUUUUCAGAGACAAACAACAAGAUUGAUCGCUCAGACGGGGACAUUGGGGAGACGGAGUACAAUUCAGCGGAAGUUGUAACGAAGAAAUUCGAUUUGGGGAAUUUCCAGCCAGAAUAUUUGAGUGGUUUCAAACCCAUCUACCCAUCGGAUCCGCUGCAUUCGCAGAAAAUUCAACAAUCCAGCGGAGAGGUCCGGGAAACUCCAGCAGCAGCAGCAGCAGCAGGACCUACAAUUCAAGCUUCAACAACGGAGGAAUCCCGAACGGAAGAGCCCCCAAGGCCCACGAAAGACAGCUUCGAGGAGACUCUGGAUGCUCUCUUUGGCAGCAUGGAUGACGACGACGACGGGGAGCCCUUUGAUGAGGACAGCGUGGACACAACAACCACGAGCAGAUAGGGAGGGGGUGACGUAAUUAUUUAGUAGAUAAAAUAGUAAGAAAAAAAUCAUAAUUUAUUUUCGAUAAUUUCUAACAUUGAAAAUCAUCCGUUGCGAACAAAAAAAAAGAAAGAAAAAACUUUGAUUAAGGGAGAGAUUUUUGAUAAAUCUGCUAUAUGUUAAGAAAUAUUUAACACUUGAUGGGUUCAGUCUCUCCGAUUGCGAACUCAGACUGAUUUUUUGUAAUUAAAUAAAAAAAAACAAGAAGAGGAAGGAAAUGAGGAGGAAUUAAAAGAAAAAAAAACGAAUUGAGAAAGUCAGCCGAAA